UGACUAUGGAGAAUGGAUCAGUGGUGACAUCAUUCAUAUUGAUUCAAUACACCGAAUUCGAAGACCACAGAUAUCUAUACUUCACAGGUUUCCUGUUAUUGUUCAUCCUUAUGCUAUUAACCAAUGUAAUUGUUAUUAUAGUAAUUUACAUUGAGAGAUGUCUCCAUGAACCCAUGUAUUUUUUUGUGUGUAACUUAGCAGUGAAUGGAUUUUAUGGCACUGUAUCUUUAUUACCCUCAGUACUUGUUAAUUUAAUGUCUCAUACUUAUGAAAUAUCUCUGACUGCUUGCCUUUUACAGAUCUUUUGUGUACACACAUAUGGUUCAGUUGAAUUUAGUAUUUUAGCCGUGAUGGGCUAUGACCGUUAUGUCGCCAUUUGUCAUCCAUUACACUAUCACCAAUUAAUGUCUCAUAGAAAAUUGUGCACUCUUAUUGCAUUGUCCUGGAUUUAUCCUUGUAUUCUUUUUGGACUCUAUUUCAGAUUAACUGUACAGCGGACAUUUUGUGACAGGAUCAUGGAAAAGAUGUACUGUAUCAAUUUUGCAGUAGUCCCAUUGUCCUGUUCUGAAACUUCUUUUCAGAGCAAAAUUGGCUUUGUUGUAACUUUUUUUGUAGUUGUUCCACAGCUGCUCAUGAUACUGUUUUCUUAUGCACAAAUACUCAGAAUCUGCCUGUCUGCUUCUAAGGAAUCUCAGACCAAAGCUCUUCAAACAUGCACCCCACACCUACUGUCUGUGAUUAAUUAUUCUGUGGGAUGCUUAUUUGAGGUCUUCCAGAGUCGUUUCAACAUGAGUCAUGUACCAUAUAAAGCUCGCAUAUUCCUGUCUCUUUACAUUCUGAUAUUUCCCCCAGUUUUUAAUCCUGUCAUUUAUGGAAUUAGCAUUCAAGCCAUUAGGGUUCAAAUUUUCAAACCGUUUAAUACUUGGAAAAACAAGUUAACUCCACUGCAGGUGAUGAGGAAGUAG